AAUCUUUUUGACACAACAGUUGUUGUUGUUGUUGCCAUUCUCAUACGCGCUUCAUCAAACCUUUGUAGGAAGCCAAAUCAAACCUUAUUACCAAUCCUCUUUUCGAAAAUUUCUCUUUUGCUUUACGUUCUCUCAAUUCUUAUUUUAUCUGAAAGUUUGUUCCUUUAAUCAAAUCAAUUCAAGAGGCUUAGAAGAUUUGUUUCUCCCAAUCGGGAUCGAGUCAAACAAAUCUUCUCCAGUCAUCAUCAUCAUCUGGUACGUUUUGACCAAUUCCAAAUCAGAAGCAUGAGAUGAAAAUAAAUGUUCUGAUUGAUUUCAAAUCAUUUUGGUCGGAUGAGCAAAAAGGGUUUUCGUUUAUCCUCUCGUGUUACCCUUCUAUAUUGGAUUUGGGGUUUUGGCUUUAAGGGUUCUUUGUAGAUUCAUCUGAAGAAAUCUGGUUUUGGUGUUUACUUUGAUGCAAAGAUGGAAUCUUUCUAGAUCCGAAGCUUGUGACAUGUGAGGGAAAGUUUUGGUUUUGAUUGCCAAUUAUUGAGAGAUCGAUUAUUCGUAUCUUGAUAUUAAUGAUUCAUCGAAUCCUAAAAUGGAGUUAAAAAAGUAUAAAAAAGAUUGAAACAAAGGAAUUGGGAUUUUUGCAGUUUUGAAGUGGUUAAAGGGAUGGAUGAAAGUAGUCAUGGAGGUUCAAGUUCACUUCCACCUUUUCUUACUAAAACAUACGAAAUGGUAGAUGAUGGUUCUUCUGAUUCAGUCGUUUCUUGGAGCGAAAACAACAAAAGCUUCAUCGUCAAGAACCCAGCUGAGUUCUCAAGAGACCUUCUUCCCAGAUUCUUCAAGCACAAGAAUUUCUCUAGUUUCAUCCGUCAGCUUAAUACAUAUGGUUUUAGAAAAGUUGAUCCUGAGAAAUGGGAGUUCUCGAAUGAUGAUUUCGUUAGAGGUCGACCUUACCUUAUGAAGAACAUUCAUAGACGAAAACCAGUUCAUAGCCACUCGUUAGUGAAUCUACAAACGCAAAAUCCGUUAACGGAAUCAGAAAGACGAAGCAUGGAGGAUCGGAUCGAAAGACUGAAGAAGGAGAAAGAAGGUCUUCUAGUGGAGUUACAGAGCCAAGAGCAAGAACGUAAAGACUUUGAGAUGCAAGUAACGACUUUGAAAGAUCGGUUACAACAAAUGGAGCAACAUCAGAAAUCAAUAGUGGCAUAUGUAUCACAGGUUUUGGGAAAACCAGGACUUUCUCUAAACCUCGAAAACCACGAGAGAAGAAAAAGAAGAGUACCGGAGAGUUCUCUUCCUUCGAGCAGGUCACACGUAGAGCAGGUCGAAAACUUGGAGUCUUCUUUAACGUUUUGGGAGAAUCUUGUAUCAGAAUCAUACGAGAAGAGCGGUAUACAGUCAUCAUCAAGCAUGGAUCUUGAUGCGGCUGAGUCGAGUCUAAGUAUUGGUGAUACACGACCUAAAUCAUCAAAGAUUGAUAUGAACUUAGAGCCGCCUGUUACCGUUACUGUGGCUGUUGCUGCUCCAAAAGCAGGGGUUAACGAUGACUUUUGGGAACAAUGCUUGACAGAGAAUCCGGGAUCAACCGAGCAACAGGAAGUUCAGUCAGAGAGAAAAGAUGUCGAUAACGAUAAUGGUGAUAAUAAGAUUGGGAAUCAAAGGACGUUUUGGUGGAAUUCAGGGAAUGUAAAUAACAACAUUACAGAGAAAACUUGAUAUAUAUAUAUGAACUGAGGUUUUUGUAAAAUUUGUAACAUAGUUGUUGUUUCCUAUUAUUACUCUGUUUCUGUGAAAACCCAAAUCUAUCUAUUGUGUUGAGACAGGAGUACACAUAGAGGCAUAUUCUGAA